CUCCUCUCAUCCGCAGUGUCUUCCUGAGGAUCUUUCUGUUACCUCUCUCACUGCGAGAAGGAGACUUUUACCGUGUAGUUAUUUUUUGAACAGUGACUUAAGUUUCAUUUGUGGUUUUUUGAAAGUGAGACGGUAAUUUCCCCCUUAUUGUAAUUUGUUGUACUUCAGCUCGGGGCGUGUUUGAUCACCUUAUCAGUGUCGGAAAUCUACUUUGUGAGAAAGCUUCACGAUUCCUCAGUGAUUGUUGGCAUCAUCUCAGCCCUUUGAGAGGUUCAUGGGAAUAAGGCUGUGAGGGGGGAGGACCUAAGAGGGGAGGAAAUGAGGGCGGAAGGCCUCAGAGGACUCUAUCAGGAUCCGAAGAGUGAGCGGUGAGGAGUAAAUCAGCUUUCUCCUCAGGAGUGUGGCGGUGGAUGUUUGUGGAGGUGAGGCACCCGGCUGCAGCGAUGGUGGUUGAGGCGAGGCUUCCUCCCUCCUCACCUUUGACCUUUCCGUCACGAUGCCGGAAGACCCCGUCGCCUCCUCCCUCUACAUCGUGCUGGAGCUGCUGAUCGCUGUCUUCUCCGUACUGGGAAAUGUUCUGGUCUGCUGGGCCGUCUGCCUCAACAGCAACCUGCAGAGCAUCACCAACUUCUUCGUGGUGUCUCUGGCGGUGGCGGACAUCGCUGUGGGGGUCCUCGCCAUCCCCUUCGCCAUCGCCAUCAGCACCGGCUUCUGCUCCAACUUCUACGGCUGCCUGUUCAUCGCCUGCUUCGUGCUGGUGCUGACCCAGAGCUCCAUCUUCAGCCUGCUGGCCAUCGCCAUUGACCGGUACAUCGCCAUCAAGAUAUCUCUCAGGUACAACAGCUUGGUGACCGGGCAGCGGGCCCAGGGCAUCAUCGCCAUCUGCUGGGUGCUAUCCAUCAUCAUCGGCCUGACCCCCAUGAUGGGCUGGCACAAGCCCCCCGACAGCAGCAACAGCUCCUGCCCGCCGGGCCUCAUGAGGUGCCUGUUUGAAGGCGUGGUGGUCAUGGAGUACAUGGUCUACUUCAACUUCUUCGCCUGCGUGAUGAUCCCCCUGCUGCUGAUGCUGGGGAUCUACCUGUGCAUCUUCAUGGCCGCUCGCCACCAGCUCAAACUGAUGGAGGUGAAGGCGGUGCACGGGAUGAAGUCUUGCUCCACGCUGCAGAAGGAAGUCCAGGCGGCCAAGUCUCUGGCGAUCAUCGUGGGACUUUUCGCCGUGUGCUGGCUCCCUCUGCACAUCAUAAACUGCUUCACCCUCUUCUGUCCGGAGUGCGCUCGUCCUCCGGCGUGGAUCAUGUUCGUGGCGAUCAUCCUUUCCCAUGCCAACUCCGUGAUCAACCCCUUCAUCUACGCCUACCGCAUCCGGGAGUUCAGGCAGACCUUCCGCAGGAUUAUCCGCCGACACAUCCUGGGUAAGCAGGAGACCUUCGAGAGCGGCGGCAGCAGCAGGCGCAACUCCGUGAGACUCAAAGCGGACGGGAUCACCUUCGACACUUUCACGGAGCACAGCAGCAGCGGCAGCAGCUGUGAAAGCUCCUGCAGAUGUUCCUCUCACAUCUCCACUGUCGGGGGAGGCGUGGUGGCGGUUUCCCGGCCUCCUUUAUCCGUCAUUAUCUCCCAUUGUCCUAAAAUGGGACCCUGUCCACUGCAGGCCCUCAGACACAUCCCUGUAGGCCACCAUCAUCCUCAGUAUGCGGAGCAGCAGCACGACACCGCCGGACAGGAAGUGAUAGAGGAAGCGAGGGAGGCACAGGCGGAGUCGAUGUUCGGGGAGAGGAAGUGUUGCUUUGUGGAGCUGGCCAAUGUGUCAUGACUCACGGUGGAAGACCCGGUGAUCGGAUGAUGAAAUGGGCUUUAUCAGCCUCAUGGUGUGGGUCAGAAGCUCCACCUACUAGUGUCAUCUAUUCAUCACCAAAAGAAGGAAUACACGAAGGAACAGCGACCCCCCCCCCCAGGGGCCGCAGUGACAGGAGCAAAGGCUGCCUACUGCGAAUCCAGUCUCGUUCCACACUCCAGUCCAAUUAUUCACGUAUGAACCUCAAGCUUGUUUGCUAAGAAGAAACAAACAUUUAUGAUUGGUUAAGAGAUUGUGUGAGGACAUUCGCCGUUACAGAUGCUAUAAACAUGAACAUAAUUGACCUUAAAAGGAAUAAAAAGAUGGCGUUAAACUCCUGGCAAACGUUGUGUGAGUGUGGAUCGGUAAACGCCAGACUUCAAGAGUAAGACGACGUGAAACUGCCUCGUCCCCCUCACAGUUUUUCCAGCCUGUUUUUAUUUAGAUCCAAAUAAGGGGAUGUUAUUUAAGAGUCUCUGCACUGUGUGACCAGGCUUUGAAAUGUUCGUUCGUUGCAUUUAAUCCACGAGCUCCAGGGGACAGGACUACUUUGUCGCGAGGACGAGGCGUUCCUUUCUGGUUUUAAAAACACCUCCAGCAGGAGUCAGGUGUUCCCGUGUUGUCUUCGUGUUCGCAAGGUUAAGUUCCAGUUUUAAUUUACAAAUCAGUCUUUCUUUAAUCCACCCCCCCCCCCCCCCCCCGUUUUACAAACAACACAUUUCACAUCGCUUUGGAUAUUUUAGUAAUUAGGAUGGACGGUUUUUUUUGAUAAUUUUCUGACAUUUGAUAGAGUGUUGAAUGAUGAAUGAGUUGCAGCUCGACAUUAUUUCACAUUGAACCAUCAUUUGCACCAUAUUUAGAUUCAAUGCAUCCCGGGGACAGACUUCAAUCACACUCGUUUCAAUCAACAUUUUUCACAUCCAGGCUUUUCCUUCCUCUCACACUGAAAUCCAGCUUCAUCUGCAUAUAUUUAUUUGUCUUAUGUUCCGACAUGAAGAUAAAUGGGUCUCUUGUUCACGUGUGUGUCCGAAAUAAAAGUGAAGGCCCCAAACUGGGAAACAUA